AUGACUGUGGCUUCCCUGCAAUCACACACUGUCCUCCCCAGGAACAUCUGCAGCCUGGUAGAGUUAAAGGGCUUGACGAAUCUACGUAAUUCUACCUUACCUGAGGGCCAGCUUGAUUUGUGCCAAUUGGUUGUCUGUGGGCUAAGUUCUGCCUUUGCGCCAGUAGACAGGGGUGUCCUUAACCCCUGGGACUGUGCUGGACGCAGUGUCCCCAUAGUCUGCCAUACUAGCUUUCCACCCUCCUUCUCUACCUUCUUAAAAUUCUCACAUCUUCUUAACCUCAGCCCCAGUAGAACACAUCGUAAAGACCCUAGAACUAUAUGGGAUGUAGGCUUUUGGGGGCAGAGCAAAUUCUGGGUGCUUUGUGACUUUCCUUCCCCUCCCACCCCCCUCUCUGGUUCUGUGCCUAGUCCGAGAGACCUGAGUGUUGUGCUGGGAACCAAUGACUUACAGAGCCCAUCCCUGGAAGUAAAGGAGGUCACCAGCAUAGUUCUUCACACGGGUUUUGAAAGAUUGAGCAUGGACAAUGACAUUGCCUUGCUGCUGUUGAACUCGCACAUCAAGUUCAACGGCCUGAAAGAACCCAUCUGCAUGCCCAAGAAGCCCAGCACGGCCAAGUGGAGUAAAUGCUGGGCGGCAGGAUGGGGACAGAUCAGAACUGAUGACAAAACCUCUUUGACAACUGACCUGAGGAAAGUGCCAAUGAUCAUCGUGAACUGGGAGAAAUGUUCAAAACUGUUUUCAAAACUUACCAAAAACAUGCUGUGCGCUGGAUAUGAGAAUACAAGCUAUGAUUCUUGCCAGGGUGACAGUGGGGGGCCUCUGGUCUGCACCACAGAAUCUAGCAGGACGUGGUACCAGGUGGGGAUCAUCAGCUGGGGAAGGAGCUGUGGAAGGAAGAACACUCCAGGAAUAUACACCUUGCUAGAAAAUUAUAGCCCCUGGAUCCAGAAGGUGACGGAGGUGGAGGGAAGGCCCCAUAGGAGUAAGGAAAUAAGACCUGCUUCCUCACUGCUGCCAGUGAGAUCCCAGGCCUCAGAAUUCCCGGGGCCCUGCAGCCCCAGACUCCAGCUCCUGCUCUGCCUUCUGUCCUACAUGCUGUCCGAGGCCAUUUUCUACUUACGAUAAAACAGGUGUUAUUCUGUAACCAGAGAAGGUGUACCAGAAUGUGCUUGAAUGAUCGUAGCCAUGCGACUUAAGCAGGUAGCCAGGUGGAGGGGACAGAUGUUGACAGGGACCGUUUCUCAAAAAGGGCUCCCAAGUGGUGGCCACAGCGACCUCCAGUUUGCAUCCUACCAGGUAAGCAGCCUCAGUAGGAACAGGGAGCCUUGUUCCUGAUAAUUCCAGCA